UUUGUUUUGGUUAUUUGACACUUGAGAAAAACGCAACUCAGCAUCAGCAGUUGUUUCCGUACUUUUUUCCCGUGAGCGAAGUGUUAUCCAGACCGGAAUAGCCGAAAAGUGUCCGUACCAACAGUUACCGGCGUUUUAUAAACAAAACAAUAGUAUUACGCACAACGCUUCAAGUGGUACAACAUCCGCGCACUGGACAGCGAGGGCAGUUGGGCAACAUCAGCCUUAGCAGUAGCAACAGCAGGAGGAAUCGUUGGCGAACUUCAGCCAACACGGCCAAACGAUGGGCGUCGAGAGCUAUCUUCCCUGUGACCUUGUUCCGGUGGAGGAUUUAAAUGCGUCGCUAAACCAAACCGACCGUUAUGACACGCUGUGCGUAAUCGACGAUAACGGGCUACCGGCGGCCUUGGCGCGUGACAUCGAAAGUCAGAAACAGUUCGAUGCGGGUGUCGCGUCGGAGGCGAGCUGUUUCCGCUGCCAGCUCGAUUCCACCCCGGUUCGCGUUGUGUACAGCUGCGUCGGAGAGUUGUCCGAUUUUGACGAUGUGCGUCGGUACGCGGAAGCUGCCGGUUGUGCAUUGCGCCGGGCACUGAAAGCGGGCGCCAAGUAUCCCGUGCUGGUGCUGCCCGCCUCGACCGCACGCUUCCCCAAUGCGCCGCUCGUAGCUCUGCUUGGCGCUCUGCACGAGCUAUACGUUCCGCUACAGCUUCGCGAAGAUGUGCCAACCAGAAGUCAUCGUUUCCGCAAAAUUGGUGUGUACCAUCCGGCCAACGCGCAGCAAGGACUCGAUUUGCUGCGCUUAGUGCAGUCGCUGGAAGCUGGUCGGUUUGUGGCGCGGGACAUCGGUGGUGGCGAUCCGGAGCGUAUGGCACCGCCACGUGUGGCCGAGUAUGUGCUGCAAGCGUUCGGGCAGUCGGGCAGCCCGGUGAAGGUAACCGUGCUCGACGAUCCGCGUGUGUUCGAGCGCGAUUAUCCACUGUUCCAGGCGGUGAACCGUGCGGCCGGUACGGUCGAACGGCACCGGGGCCGGAUUAUCUUCCUCGAGUACAAGCCCCCGAAUCCGGCUCGCAAAACCGUCGUGCUGGUGGGUAAGGGUGUGACGUACGACACCGGUGGCGCUGACAUCAAGGCGGGCGGCGUGAUGGCGGGUAUGAGCCGUGACAAGUGCGGUGCAGCCGCUGUGGCCGGCUUCAUGAAGGUGGUCGAGCAACAGAAACCGGCCGACGUGCAUGCCAUCGGGGUGCUCUGCAUGGUGCGUAAUUCGGUCGGUGAGGAGUGCUACGUGUCGGACGAAAUGUUGACCUCGCGUGCGGGAGUGCGCGUCCGCGUCGGCAACACCGAUGCCGAGGGCCGCAUGGCUAUGGCGGAUGCACUGUGUCAGAUGAAGGAACGCGUGCUGAAGGAAGGGCUGCCCGAUCCUCACCUGUACACGAUCGCCACCCUUACCGGGCACGCAGUGCUGGCCGUCGGUAACAGUGCCAUCGUCAUGGACAAUGGUCCGGCCCGGGCGGCCGAUCAUGGGCUGAAGCUUCAACAGGCCGGCGAAACGGUGGGCGAUCCGUUCGAGAUAUCGGUGCUGCGACGGGAAGACUUUGAUUUCCACAAGGGCAAAUGUUACGGUGAGGACGUCCUGCAGGCGAACAAUCUUCCGUCCAGCCGGACGCCACGUGGACAUCAGGGACCAGCGGCAUUUUUGAUGCUUGCCAGUGGGCUAGACAAGUGCGGCCUGAACUCUUCGCAUCCGAUCAAGUAUUCUCAUCUCGACAUCGCGGGCAGUGCCGGUGACGUUCCGGACACGCCGACCGGAUCGCCUAUCCUUGCGCUGGCGAAGGCUCACCUCACCUGCUAGAGUGACGCUGCGGGAACCGAUCUGCAUUGAAUUUCUUUAACGGUUAUCAAAUAAAAGUAAGCAUUUACUAUGGUGAUGGAUUAUUUCACAUAAAAUA